UCCUCCGGUCCACCCCCUUCCCCUUGUUUGUUUCAGUUUCAGAUCUCGACUCGACCAGCAGUAGUCGCCGGCGAGGGGUAAGGGCGGACGGACCACCGGACGCGAUGCCGCCGUCCCUCCAAACCCUGACCACCCCCACCCUCCUCCUCCUUCUCCUCACCGCGACCGCCGUUUCAUGCUCUGCCUUGCCGCCGGAGGACGGCAUCCGGAUCCUCUCUGCCGAGAAAAGGAUCGACCUCACUGGUUCCAUUGUCAAAGUCUAUCUAACACUGAAGGUCGAGAAUGCUCCCGCUGCCUCUGAUGCAUCUCAAGUUCUUAUCGCCUUCACGCCCACAGAGGCUCAACAUCUCGCUAUUGUCAAGGCCACAAGAGCAGAGGGGAAGCGCAAGAAGAAGACAUAUGCGCCCCUCUCGGUUGAAGCCUCUGAUCUUGCCACCACCGCCCUGAAUGGCGCUCGCCUCUACUCUGUUCUGCUGGGCACUCCUCUGAAACCUGGCGAGGCAACCACUAUCGAAGUGUUAUAUGUGCUGACACACUCUUUAGAGCCCUUUCCUGCUGAGAUUAGCCAGUCAGAGUCCCAGCUGGUUUACUUCCGUGACAGUGCGGUGCUUCUCUCGCCCUACCAUGUUCUGGAGCAGGUUACCUACAUCAAGACGCCGAGCAAUAGGAUUGAGUCCUUCACGAGGGUCGAUCCUACCAGUCGUGCUGGUACUGAAGUGAAAUAUGGCACAUAUAAAAACCAGGCGCCAAACUCAUAUUUGCCAAUCCUUGUGCACUAUGAGAAUAACCGUCCUUUUGCUGUUGUUGAGGAGCUUGUACGCAAGGUGGAGAUUUCUCAUUGGGGAAAUGUCCAAAUCACUGAACAUUAUAAACUGAAGCAUGGUGGCGCUCGGCACAAAGGAGUCUUUUCAAGGCUUGAGUACCAGUCUAGGCCAUCUAUCAGUGGAGCGUCAUCAUUCAAGAAUCUUCUUGCAAGGCUGCCUCCACGGGUUCAUUCCAUUUACUAUCGUGAUGAGAUUGGUAACAUCUCCACAUCUCAUCUGCGCAUCGGUUCCCUCAAGUCGGAACUAGAAAUUGAGCCCAGAUAUCCAUUAUUUGGUGGCUGGCACUGCACAUUCACCAUUGGCUAUGGGCUGCCAUUGGAAGAUUUUCUCUUUGAGUCAGAAGAUGGUCGGCGUUACAUCAACCUUACUUUUGGUUGCCCUCUAUUGGAUACUGUGGUUGACGAUCUUACAAUUAAAGUUGUCCUUCCUGAAGGAUCAAAAAAUCCACAGCCUGUAGUUCCUUUUGUGACAGAGAAACAUCUUGAGACUAGUUAUUCAUACCUUGAUGUUGUUGGAAGGACAACGGUGGUACUCAAAAAGAAAAAUGUUGUAGGAGAGCACAACGUUCCUUUCCAGGUGUACUAUGAGUUCAAUCCGAUCUUCAUGCUGGCGGAGCCGUUGAUGCUAGUAUCUGCAGUGUUGCUGUUCUUUGUCGCCUGCAUUGCCUAUCUUCACAUGGAUCUUUCCAUCGGAAAAUCAUCAUAGGCCUCCAUUCACAGUAUUUUUGAAUUUUUGAACCACUUGUUCUACUAACUGCGGAUUGAUGAAUCAUUGGCACAUUAGUUGUACUAUGUACCCUUCUCAAUGGAGGAGGAUGAAGUUUUGUGGCUGCUGCUGCUGUAGGAAUGAGAUGAUAUACCUCUUGACAACUUCACUGCUUAAAAAACGUGAGUUCCUGCUUGUGGCC